AUGUCUGCAUCACAUUUCCGGGCCGCUGAUAACUUGGAUAACAAGAAACAUCUUCUCCUCUGUGCAUCAGGUUCUGUAGCCACCAUUAAGAUACCACUUAUACUGCAAGCCUUGUCAAAUUAUGAGAACCUGUCAAUAUGUGUUAUCUUAACAAAGUCAGCCAUUUCGUUCCUCAGUAGUAAUACCCCAGGAAAUUCGUCAGUUGAGCACAUACUUGGUAUUCGAAACGUCAAUAGGAUCUUUCACGAUAAUUCUGAAUGGGAACAUCCUUGGCAACCAGAAAAUGGAGUUCUACACAUAGAAUUGAGAAGAUGGGCACAUUUAAUGGUUAUCGCACCCUUAAGCGCUAAUACACUUGCCAAAAUAGUCGGCGGCCUAGCGGAUAAUUUGAUGACCAGUGUAAUUAGGGCAUGGGAUACCACAGGUAAAAUUGAUGGAGGAGACAGCUGCAAGAGAAUAAUUGUUGCGCCCGCCAUGAAUACUGCUAUGUGGAAUCAUCCUAUCACAGCGAAGCAAAUUAAGGUUCUUGAAAUUGAGUGGGGGAUUGUAGACGGUAACUCGACUACAAAUGAAGGUACAACGCAUGGAUGGUUUGAAGUACUAAGGCCAAUGGAAAAGAUAUUGGCGUGUGGCGAUGUUGGUAUUGGAGCAAUGAGAAGUUGGGAAGAAAUCGUUGUUAUUAUAGAACAGAGAUUGGGCCUUUGA